AUGGAGGACGACGAACUGAUGAGGACUGCCAUUAGCAAGGCGAAAGGGAAGCAGAAGGCUAAGCGAGAAACUGACGACAAAGCUACAAGAGGACGGUCGAUGCUUCCAUCGAUUGUAGUAAAGAGCAAGCUCAGAUGCAGGCCACCGACAGACACCGUUGUCAGCCCUCCUGCCGCAACCACCAGCCGACCAGAGCCAACAGGCAAAAACAUAACUCGGUCAAAAUCUCGGGCUCAGCCAGUCCCAUUCACCAAGAAGAGGGUAGGUACACAGCCCUCAGUGGUGAGGGAUGAAUCUGUAUUGCUCGAGGUGUCGUCUGCUGGUGGUCAAGCAGAUACUCGGGAGUCAUCUCCAAAUAUAACUGAUGCUGAAACACCAAACACCGCAGACGAGGAAUUGACGGCUGUUGAUGGCGACCCCAUGCGUAGGCCGGACAGAUCCUCCGUCAACAUUGUCCCUCCAGCUGACGAGGAUCAUAUCAUGCACGACAUGACAGCCGACAUGGAUGCGACAGGUGACGGGACUGGCAAGCUGGAUGUCACGGAACAAAGCAAUGUACAGGUCAACAUUGAUUCAAGAGCCGAAGUCAAUUUGACGGUGCCACCGGCUGUGCAGCAACAAGAACUUCCACUGGCAAAUUUCGACCUUACCGGAGAACAUAGACUCACUGGUUUGGAGCAGAGGGUGGAUCUGUUGGAGCAGAGAAACACAGUUCUCAACGGCCGGUUAGAGGCCACCAGUGCAUCCCUCCGUGUCAGUCAACUCCAGCUGACAGAGGUUACACGUCAUCUGGCCACAAUGAUGGUCGUUUAUGAAGGCUUGUGUCGGACAUAUGUUUCCAAUGACCCUAUGUUUCCUGCGCCAGUCGCAUCUCAGUCCAACAUCACCUUGCCACCAGGUGUUGGUUGGCAGCAGGUCGCUGAUGAGAUCAUCCAUAGCGGAGUCUUCGCCAGCCUCUCUCACCAAUCACACCACCAGCAAGUUGCAGGAACAUUGACUCACCCAAGUGACUCGGCAUCGGCAAUUAUGGGAGUAGCAGGAAGGACGGUGUCAGUAGAACAGCAAAGACAGGCCGACAUCUUGGCCGGGCAGGAUUACUACAGUAUUUUGGCAGAAACUCAAGGAUCCGUGCCGAUGCUUAACCAACCCGUCCCACCCUCUCCUACAGCCAAUAUAUCACUUCCCGCAGCUAGUACGGACCAAAUGGUUACCACAACCUCGUCUCGGGCAUCAGCACCCCCCGGUAUGGCCAUAACAAUGAGUCCGUCAUCACUAGGGCGGUCUUCAUCUUUUCCAGGUGCCCCAGCCGGCACCAAUGUACCAGGCCUGUCUGAUUCUUCUCAUCAACCUUGCGCCCAGCAAUGA